CACAUCCCACCCACCCACAGCACUGGUGUUCUCCUCUGUGUCCUCCCCUGCUGGCAUUACAGGCACUGAGUCGGAUACCGUGACAGCAGAGCCCAUCAUGAGCAGCCCAGCUCCCAGCACACCCAGCACCAACCCAGUGGCUUCCACCUCUGGCACCCCUUCUGAGGGCUCCUCAGCUGUGACUCCCAGCCCACAGCAAAGCAGCACCAGUGGCACCACUGAGACCCCCUUGGCUGCCUCAUCCCACCCACCCACAGCAUUUGUGUUCUCCAGUGCUGGUGUUACAGGCGUGGAGUCAGGUGCUGUGACAGCAGAGGAGGUGACACCCAGCCCCGCUCUCAGCACAGCCAGCACUAAUCCAGUGGCUUCUGCCCCCAUCACCUCUCCUGCCUCAGGUAUCACUGAGUCCAUCCAUUCACCCACGCUGAGCAGCAGCACAGAGACACCGGCACCUCGACACACCUCCACGCUCCUCACACAGGGACACACCACAGUGGAGGUGACGGCCACUUCAUCUCCCAUGGGGAGCCCUUUGUCUUCCAUAACCACAGCCCCUGGAGGCAGCAGUGCCACGACUCCUCCUGGAGAAGGGGAAAGUUCCACCAUGAACCAGGGGAACAGAACAACAGCUGAGCCCACUGCCAAGACCUCCCAUUCCCUCUCUUCCACGACCUUGGGAAGCCCAUCCACAACAAACCACAGUAUAUCAACAUCUGUUAAUCCUUCUUUCACUGGAACUUGCUCUCCUAUCACUUUGUCCAUCCAGCUGCAGGAAGUGACCAGUACAAUGAUACAGUUCAGCUGGGAACCUCAAGGUGGCACAGGAGACAGUCCUUACACAGUGCGACUGCUGGGAAAAUCGGGAGAGAUGAAGAAGAAAAUCCUAAAUGGAACAAGUACUGUAUUUGAAAAUCUGCUUUCUGGUCAUCAAUACCAAAUAUCCGUGGAUGUUUCAACUUGCUCUAAGAAUGUCAGCACCUCCUUGACAGUUCAGACAGCUGCUGAAGUCUACAGUGGAACCACCAGGAUUACCAGUGAAGAUUUCAAGCCUGCAUAUCAGAACAAAUCAAGUAGAGAAUUUAUGGAGUUUGAAAAUAAGUUCAUUACGGAGAUAACAAAACAUCUGCCACAGAAGCUACAAGAAUUAAAAAAUGGAACAAAAAUGCGUAUUGUAAUUAACAGCAUCACGGAAGGAAGUGUGAUUGUGCUCUUUGACAUUGUGUUGGAUGUUGAACAAAAUAUAACAAAACCAGAGGUUUCAGAUGCUUUUACAGAGGCCCUUAACAGGAGUACAGAAUUUGAAGUUGAUCUUAGAAAGACUGUUGUAGAAGCAAGGAAUAGCUGUCAGCCAGGUUUAAAUGACUGUGACCAAAAUGCAACCUGCACUGCUGAAGGAGCCACUUACUCCUGUGGAUGCAACAAAGGAUUCACUGAUAAGAGUCCCCAGGUUCCAGGGAGAGUUUGUCAGCAGGAUCUACCUUCACAACAGACAACUCCAGUCCCUCCAGACACCAACACCACCAAGACAACUGGAUUUACAGGAUCUACAUCUAAUUCCAUUUUCACUACCACAUUUACGUCAGCACCUUGCAUGCCAGUGUCCGUCGAAGUUCAGAACGUCACUGCAGAAGAAAUACAACUCAGCUGGACCAGUGGCAGCAAAGGCAGCCUUUACAACAUCUCUGUCAGGGAUGGAAGCCAGGAAAUAUACAAAACAACUACAGAAGAGACAAAAGCUGUGUUUAAGCACCUGCUUCCUGGCCAUGUGUACAUCAUUUCUGUGGCAGUGUCAUCUUGUGCUGAGAAGAAUCAGACUUCAGUCACUGUCCAAACAGAUUCUGCUUCCUGUUUCGAAAUGACUGAGUUUUGUUUAGCAGAAAGUACUGGCUGCUCUGAGUUAAAAGGCAUGGCAUGCUCCAAAAACCAAGCAUUUGCCUGCAGCGUUGUUUUAAAAAGCCAGAUAUUUAAUAAUACACUUUACAACUCUGAGAGUGAACACUACAAAACAUUGUCUGGAAAGAUCACAACAGAUGUUGUUAGAGACAUGCGCGCUGAACUGAACAAUGACCGCUUCAAUAUCGUCGUGCUUGGGUUCAGACCUGGCAGUGUGGUUGUUGAUUUUCUCUCCCUGUUGCCAAAAGAAGAGCCUGUGGAUGUUUAUUUUAUAUGGACCAGCCUGACUAAAAUUAUAAGGAACGAGUUUGGGAACCAAACUAAAGUAAUGGUGCAACCUCUGUCUGUUCAGCCAUCAACUGACAACUAUUCCUCCUGGAGAGUAGCAGUGAUUGUCCUUGGAGUUUUACUUGGAGUUGCAUUAGUGCUGAUUCUCUUGGCAAUACUGUUUUACAUCUAUGUGAGGAGAAGAUCAGGUAAAUACUUGGUUGAACCCUCAGGACUCAUGGGAAUGUUUGUCUACAAGCACUUCUAGGACAAGCCAUCAGUUUCACUUAAGUAUUUUGGGUACGGAAUUUUUCACAUUGUACACGUGGUAGAGUGAGAAACAGAGAAACUUCUCUUCAGCCUAUCCCCUAUAGGUACUGCAAUGCCUCCUAACACUGGAAAUCUAAGAGAGACACGAUCCAAACUACUCAAUACUGUCUUGUAUUUAGGUGACACUGAAAACAGGGUGGCUGAGCCUGGUAGCUGUGUCAGGUCACCUGAAUGCCCAGCUGAGCCCAGAGUCAUCCUGUUGGGCUUUGUGUACUUGGCCAAGGGUGAUUCACCUCCCCUGAGACUUUUAGCACCAAAUAAAGAUGCCUCUUUCUCUCCUGUGACUGCAGAAUGGGCCCAGGAUAACUAGUGUUCUAGCAUAUACAUCUUGGUUAGGAGCUUGGAGAAAAAUGGGAUACAUCUCAGUUAUGUGGGCUAGCUAUAGAAGUCCAGUGGACCAGAAAUAUGAUUUGGAGGCUUCUGAAUUUGGAGUUUCCUUUAAUUGUUGGGCUAUGAAGAAAUAACUGCUUAUAGGUCAAAAGCAUAGCAUGCUAAACACAGAUGUGGCUUCACAGCAUAGCCUUAAUGUAUUAUGGGAUGGGGGAAGGGAAACAAUAGGUUAAUUUGAGCCAAAAGUAUUUUUCUCACCUGUUUUUGCCUGUUAAAAAUGGUUGGCUGAGCAAGGACGUGCCAUAUAGUGCAAUUUUGUCCUGCCCUUGGUAAUUCUAAAGUAGAGUCCAGUAGAAGCAGCUCCUGUGGCAUUGGAGCAGACCUUGCUUUAGAUAUCUUAAGCAAUUAGAAGAAACGACCUUUACCUUUUCCCACCACUCUUAGCUGCAGUCCUGGUGAAGUUGCAGUCUGUUUCUCCUAGGGUGUAGUUUUUCCUGCUUGGAAUGUGCUGAACAGAUGACAAAGGGCAGUUUACUGCUGUACAUACUUGCAGCAGGAUUUAUGGGUUUCAUUUCAAACCAGCUCUCCCUGUAUCUGUGUAUUUUGUCAGUCUGCCUGCACUCGGAGUUCCUGUUGAGACACUGAGUACCCCAUGAUGCUGAGGCCCUGGCUCAUGCCCCCUGAGCAGCCCUGGGUUUUGGGGAUUAUGUUAUGGUUAUUUGGCACAGGUUAGAGUAAGAUGGUGCCAGAACUGCAGCACAGGGUGGGAGCUCAGCAGAGUGGUGGUGCACAAGCAGCUCUGCUCUGCUCCGUGUGCAGCCAGUGUUCAUUCUUUUUAUCCCUCCUUCCUUGUGCUAUAGCACAGCUCCCUGCCAAGGACCCUGUCUGGAGUAUUAAUUUUAGUAGCAGGGACCUAUGAAACAGGGUCUUGCAUGCCUUGCUCUCCCUUUGCUUCCAUGUAGUGUCAAUUUGUCUGUCCUGCUUAGGUCUGAGGUGGGGAGUCACGGCCACCUCACUGAUGGAAAGAGAGCGUGAUUAGUAUUUGGUAAACAUAUAUUAUGUGGCUUUUAAAUAUAGCUAGCUCUGGUGUUCCAUUCACUGAGUAGUCACUCAACAAUGUAUUCUGUCAGUCAAUACAAGUUCCCCAGGGAGCUCUGUUGAAAAUACAAAUGAGUGCUCUUGCUUAUGUUAAUACUCUUUUAUUUGUUCUUUGAGGGAUCUACUUUGAAUAGCAAAUCCUCAUUGCCAGUAAAGCUUUCUGAUGUCCUUGUAAAUAGUGUUAAAUAAAGACCAUGUACAGCAGGCUUGUACUAUAGAAUCCUGGGAUUGUUCAUGCAAAAUGUACUUAACAUACCUGGAAAAAAAAAAAAGUGGUAUUUUAAACUAUUUUCUCAAAGAUGCUUUCCAAAUAAAAUCUUUAUUUUUACAA